AUGAGUCGAUCCACACCACGCAAGUCGCGGCAUCGCCACAACGCGAGCAGCAGCGGGCCUCGUCAGGUCGCCGCGUCCGACUACGAAUCCGACGCAGUCUACUACAUGGAGCACCGCGAGGCGCCCCCAUCCAAGCCCCCGACCCGGGAUAACAACGAGCUCUGCCUGAGCGUCUUGCGCCGCUACCAGCCCACCAUCCGGUCGCUGCUCGCGGUUGCCUCCAACGCCGUGGUCUACUCCUUCCUUGAGUCGGCCGGCGCCUGGGAGAAGUAUGGUGUCGAGGGCACCCUGUUUGUCUGCGACCAAGACCCUAUUUCCGCACCGGGCACCGGCCAGGUGUUGCCGCGGGUGUGCGUCUUUGUCCUCAACCGCAGAAGCAUGGAAAAUUUGGUUGUCGAUCUCUUGCGAGUCAGCGAUUGCGAAAUGACCGGGGAGCUUCUUGUUUUCCGGCUGGACGGCAGCGAUGCGGCCGACAGCACCGGAGGUGAAGACGCGGGCACGGGCACGGGCGAGAAGAAGGUCUUUGGCAUUUGGAUACACGAAGACGAAAGCAACCCCCGGUCAGUCUACACAGGCCUGAUCAUGAACGCCUGGCAACAAGCCCGUCAGGCCCUGGAGUCGUACCUCCAAUCUGCACCAGAGGACUCGGUUGCUGGCAACAACGGUGUGUCGCUCUCGGAGGCUGCGGGUGACGCAACAGAGAGCGAUGCUCUCGCUGCAGGGAGGCGCAUAAGCUCGCAUUCAACGGAUAAUUACGACGUAUUCGCUGACGCUUGGGAAACUCAACGUAAACUCGUCUCUUCGUUCGAUGAGUGGUUGGUUCAGCGAGCCAGUAAAGACGGCGACCGCAGCGGUGUCAUUUCCAGAGUGCAGCGACGGCUCAAGGAUUAUGAGCAAUGGCUUCAGGAUGCUGGAAUGGCUAAGUCAGCGCCCGAUGCCAUUGAGCCUUGGUCUAUGGAGAUCCGAACACUCAGGAGCGAUGCUGGCUUUGACAUCGUCGUUACUGGGCCGCGCAUGAAUGACAAGGUGGUUAUUGCAGCAAAGGACGAGAAAGAGGUCGAGUAUCUGACGAGUGACGAAUACCUCGGCUACAUGGUGAAGAUUUGUCAUGCCUUUGAACAGGCCCAAAGGUCCUUGAUUUUGUUGUUCAAGGUCGCCCAGCAAACCAAUAGCGAGAGUUUAAAGCUCAGCCAACCGGCCGAAGGAACCAUACAAACGCACAUCCGUCUCCUCCAGGAGUACAACGACGUGAAAGACAUUGGGCAGCAGCUGAUCGGCCUUAUUGCUGAGAACCAGGGGGUUCCGAUCAGGACUUUGUACGAAGGCGGGCAAUAUGGCGUUACUGCCGAUGACUGA